UAUAAGAGAUAAAAUAAAUUAAAGAGAUAUAUUAAUAUAUUACUACUAUGCAAGAAAGAUACAAUAUAAAAAUGAAAACAUAACAUAACAUCUAUGUAUAUACAUACAAUAAUGUAGUUCAAGUUCAAAAAGAACAAAAACAUAAAAAAAUAAAAAAAAAAAACAAGAAUUAUAUUGUUGCUGUUUGUGGUAGUUUGUACAUUUAUAAUAUCUAUAUAUAAGCGCCUCUGAUUAAAGUUACUAGCUUGGCGACUAUACAACUAUUGUGGAUAUUUAUUAAAUAAUUAUUAUUUAUUUGAUUGUUGUUAUUAUAGUAGUUGAAAAAAAGCUUAAAAGCAGAUCAAAAGAGAACUUACAUAUAAUAUUUUAACUAAUAAGAUGAGAUAAAACAAAAUUAAAUACUCAAUUUUUGUAUUAUUUUCUUUUUUUGUAUUUUGCAGUUUGUUUGUUGUUUAUAUAUUUUUACAUUUUUUUUUUUGGUUUUUAUUUUUUUUUUUGUUAGGAGAAAAAUCUCUGAAAUAAUUACACAGUAAUGAUUAUUUCGCGUCCGAGAAAGUUAUUUAAAAGAAUAUCAUUGAUAACAUUAAAGAUAUGUUUACUAUUUUUUGUUGUAGUAUUUGUAAUUGGUCCAAUCAUAUUCAAACAUUCGGUUGGAUUACAAAGAAAAAUUUUCUUUUUAACAUUUGUUUUACAAGACUGUGAUUUUCAUAAUCCUAGCACAUAUGGAUUAUAUGCAACUAGAAAUUUUUAUAUCAAAACAAAAGAUUCAGAUGUUGAUGAUGAAGUUGAAGAAGUUAAAUUGGGUGCAUGGCAUUUAUUACCAAUUCAAAUAGCAAAAAAAUUUUCAAAAGAAUUAAAUUUAAAUAAUGAUGCUAUUAAAGAUAUAUUAAAUUCAACAGAAAUAUCUGAUCCAGAAUUAGAUAAAAAUGAAGAAAAAAUUCAUUUAGAAUUUUCAAAUGGUAUUACAAAAGAUAAUGAACAAUUAUUUUAUGAGAAAAUGUUAAAACAACCAGGUAUUGUUAUAAUAUAUUUACAUGGUAAUUCUGGUACACGUUGUAAAGAUCAUCGUAUUGAAAUGUAUCAUGUAUUUCAAAAAUUGGGUUAUCAUGUUAUUGCAAUUGAUUAUAGAGGUUUUGGUGAUUCAGAAAAUAUAUCACCAUCAGAGGAAGGCUGUGUUAAAGAUGCUAUGAAUGUAUAUAAUUAUGUAUCAAAUAUAACAAAUAAUCCAAUAUUUAUAUGGGCACAUUCCCUUGGUACUGGUGUUUCAACACAUUUAUUAGCUCAAAUGAAUCAAAUGAAUAUAUAUGGACCAAAAGGUUUAAUGUUAGAAAGUCCAUUCACAAAUAUACGUGAUGAAUUAAAAAGUUAUCCAAUGGCAUUUUUAUUCAGAUUUUUACCAUGGUUUGAUUAUACAAUUGCAAAUCCAUUAUAUGCAAAUUCAUUACGUUUUGAAUCAGAUCAACAUAUAAAUGAAUUUCGACAGCCAGUUAUGAUAUUACAUGCUGAAGAUGAUUAUGUUGUACCAUUCCAUCUUGGUUAUAAGCUUUACAGAAUAGCAUUAGAUCUAAGAGGACGUUCAUGGGGUCCAAUUGAAUUUCAUCGUUUUGAUAGCUCAUUAAAAUUAGGUCAUAAACAUAUCUGCCGGGCAUCAAAUUUACCUGAUAUUAUUAAGACAUUUAUACAAAAUUAUAAAAAUGAAAUGUAUUAAAAUUUUUUUUUUUAAUAUUUUAAGUAUAUAAAGGCUAAUUAAAGAAAACAAUGAUAAUAAUUGUAUACAAAAAUAAA